UGCUCACGAGAGGAGGAGCGCAAAUUAAGAUGGCAGCGCCCAUCCUGGCAGCUGGCUUGCGGGGCACGUGAACCACAAUCGUUCCUCUUCGUUUGACUGCCAAGUUACUCUGCAGAGAAUGUGGUUCCCUUGCAAUAAGUUUUUUGUGUUCCCAUCAUGCUGGAGAAGACAACUGAAUGGAGUACUAGACCCAAUUAAGUGGCAGAAGAGGCGAAUCCCAAGAUGUAGCAGAACUAUUUUUAGUGAAACAGGAAAGUGGGAACAAAAUUAUACAACAGAGACCAGGAAGAAAGUUGAAAACUGGUGGUGUUCAAGAAUAAAGCAAUCAUUCAGCAAAAUCACAGAAACAGAUAAAUCAAAGCCAAAGUAUUAUAUCCUGUCAAUGUUUCCAUAUCCUUCUGGAAAGCUUCACAUGGGCCAUGUUCGAGUAUACACCAUAAGUGACACAGUAGCACGGUUUCAGAAGAUGAGAGGAUUGCAGGUGAUAAAUCCAAUGGGAUGGGAUGCAUUUGGAUUACCAGCAGAGAAUGCUGCAGUUGAGCAUGGAUUCCAUCCCGCAGAGUGGACUCAAAGUAAUAUUCAACACAUGCGAGAGCAGUUUGAUGUAUUAGGCUUGUCUUUUAGCUGGGAUCGGGAAAUAAUCACUUGCUCUCCUGAGUACUACAAGUGGACACAGUAUCUUUUUAUUAAACUUUAUGAAGCUGGUUUAGUCUAUCAGAAUGAAGCAAUGGUGAAUUGGGACCCAGUGGAUCAGACUGUCCUUGCUAAUGAACAAGUUGAUGAAAAUGGCUGUUCAUGGCGUUCAGGAGCAAAGGUGGAAAAAAAAUACCUCAAACAGUGGUUCAUUAAGACAACUGCUUAUGCAAAGGCCCUGCUUGAUGGCUUGUCAGAUCUCCCCAAAUGGUAUGGAAUAAAGGAAAUGCAAGCUAAUUGGCUUGGGGAUUGCACUGGAUGCUAUUUUGAGUUUAUGUUAAAAAUUAAUAACAAACCAACAGGAGAAACAAUAGCAGCAUAUGCCUCGGCACCUGAAGCUAUAUAUGGUUCAUCCCAUUUGUAUAUCUUGCCUGACCACAGAUUGUUUUGUGGAAAUAGCCAUCUGAAAGAAAUCUUCCAGAGGGAGUUGGUUCAAGGAAAAGACUCUCUUACCUCAGUGACCGCUGUGAAUUUACUCAUCAAUCAGGAAAUUCCUGUAGUCAUCUCAGCAAAAUCAGAGUUUGAAGGCUGUCUUGAUUUUAAAAUAGGAAUCCCUUGCAUUAGCCCAGAUGAUGCUGAAGUUGCUAAAAAAAUUGGUCUUGCUUUUGAUGAAGUAAUUGAAACACUUCCAGAUGGCUCAGAGAGACUGAUAAACUCUGGAGAGUUUACAGGUAUGACUAGAGAAGAGGCAUUAAAUGCCAUCACUCAGCAAGCCAAAAAUAAAGGCGUAGGAGGAUACCUAACAAGUAGUAAAUUGAAAGAUUGGCUGAUCUCACGACAGCGUUACUGGGGAACCCCUAUUCCAAUCAUUCAUUGUCAGAAUUGUGGCACCGUUCCUGUACCUUAUGAGGACUUACCUGUGCAAUUGCCCAAAAUUACUUCCUUUAAAGAAAAAGGUGUCUCACCUUUACUUUCCACUUCACACUGGGUUAAUUGCCUAUGUCCAAGAUGCAAAAAGCCUGCAAGGAGAGAAACUGACACAAUGGAUACAUUUGUUGAUUCAGCUUGGUAUUAUUUAAGGUACACUGAUCCUCAUAAUACUGAGAGGCCUUUUGACAAAGAUUUGGCUGAUUACUGGAUGCCUGUAGAUCUGUACAUUGGAGGAAAGGAGCACGCAGUCUUGCAUUUGUAUUUUGCCAGGUUUUUCAGUCAUUUUUGCCAUAAUCAGAAUAUGACUAAACACAAAGAGCCUUUUCAUAAGCUCUUAGUUCAAGGCCUAAUCAAGAAUCAAACAUUCAAGCUACCAGAAACUGGCAAGUAUUUGAAAAGAGAAGAAAUUGAUUUUUCUGGUCCUGAACCCAUUCAUGCAAAUACCAGAGAGAAACUGCAGGUGAUGUGGGAAAAAAUGAGCAAAUCCAAGUACAAUGGAAUAGAACCUGAAGAUAUAAUCCAGAAGUAUGGAAUUGAUACAGUCCGGCUAUACAUCCUGUUUACUGCCCCUCCAGAGCAAGACAUCCUGUGGGAAGCAAAGACUGAUGCAAUCCCUGGGGUGCUACGAUGGCAAACUCGCAUCUGGCACCUAGCAACUAAAUUUAUAGAAGCCAGAAAUUCUGGUCCUCUGCCCAGUCCUCACUUACUUAACCAGAAAGAUAAACUGAAUGCCAAACAUAUCUGGAAGCAGAAGAACUUCACUGUAUUUGAGGUAACAGAAUACUUCCUGGAGGAUUAUUUAUUUAAUGGCAUAAUUUCUCGGCUGAUGGGCCUCAGUAACAUAUUGUUGCAAGCCUCUGAACAGCUUGUUUUCCACAGUGAAGAAUUUGAAGAUGCUCUGGCAACUCUCCUUGUUAUGCUUGCCCCACUGGCACCACACCUAACUUCAGAGAUCUGGAAAGGUCUGUCACAUGUUCCAAACAAACUCUGUACUCAUCACUGGGACAUGGAUGUACUGCAGCAGCCUUGGCCUACUGUAGACCCUGAAUAUUUUCAGCUGCCAAACAUAGUGGAAAUGUCAGUCCUGAUCAACAAUAAACUCUGUGGUAAAGUUAAAAUACCCCAGCAAGUAUCCCGAGAUGCAGAAGUAGUUCGUGAACUGGUUGUUCAAAGCGAACUAGGGAGUGAAUACCUUCAAGGAAGAACAAUUACAAAGUUCUUCUUGUCUCCUCGAACUGCCCUCAUCAACUUUCUCAUCCAGGACUAACAAGCAGAGAUAUUUUCUUAGAAUUGCCCAUGUAACUGUGGUAGAAUCCAACAAAAAACAUCUUUAUUUCAGUGAAGAUCAAAAAGGAGACCAAAUCACCUCGUUCAAGAGCUUCAAGACUUAAUAAUUUCUCUUUGUAUCACCUAUAAUCUUGUAUUGCAGAAAUUUAUUCCUGAUUACAGUAUAAAAGCAAAUCAUGGAAGCCAAAGUUAAAAUGAAGUUAAAUAUGGCGAAUUUUUCACAGUUCUGCUGUAUCGUCUUAAAAUCUGUUCCUUGCAUGGUUUCACUCAAUGUCACAGUUGAGAUUCUAUAUAUAAAGAAAAGGAAAACAAUUGGAGCUAUUUAUGUUAUGAAAGGAUCAUUAAGAUGAAUGAUUGAGCCUGCAUUUGUGAUUGGUCCAUGGUUGUUUAAGAACUAUAAUGGAUAUAGAUAAUUCUUACAUUUCAAAUCAUUUCAGCUCUUAAUAGUGUUACCUAAGUUAGCAGUAUUCUGUUGUGACAAUAAUUAUCCAAGAAUAUUUCCAAUUCCUCUCCUCACCUCAGAAAAUAAUAGGCAACCCAAUGUCCUUCAAAAGUUUUUGACUGUAAUGUUCAAAAGCCACUGUCAAUAUAAUACAGUCAGGAAUUAUGGGAACUGCAGUCCUAAGCACGUUCAUUUCAGAGGAAUAGGUAUUGGAGAAUGUUAGUCAAACUGCUUUCUUAGGUUCCACUUGGAAAACAAUUUUCCAGUUGGAGAACAUAAUUACUUUUUUAAAAAGUAGGAAAUAAUCUUUAAAAAGUCCUAUUCCAUUAGGAGGCCCUCUCUUAUUUCAAUACUCCGCAGAGGAGCAAUGCCAGAGACAUUUGGGCAGUGUUUCUUUGUUAUAGGAAGUCACCCUAAACCUAGUCUUUUUUUUUCCCUUUCACAACACCUUUUUCAGUGAUCAGGAUGAACCAAAAAACCAUGUUAAUUAGCACUUUACUAAUUGUUUUAUAUCUUGAGUAAAUUAUGCUUUGCUAAAAGUGGCAGGAUUUCUCAUGUAUUAUGCUGGAAUUUGGGACUUCUGAGCAACAAGCUU